AUGGUAUAAGUCAAGUUCAUAGUCUUGUUAGUCUGUGCAUUGACAGUGACCUAAGGUACCUCUUAAAUAUAUGCCAAGCAUUUGAAGCUGAAGGCACACUCUUGUCGAUGUCAUUAAAUGAGAUUAGCAACCUCAAUUUAGGGGAUGUUAAUUGUUAGAACACGUCUUAGCAAUAGUUUGUGUAAUUGGAACAAAAUCUCGAGUCAUGGGCCGACAUCAUUGAUCACAAGGAUGAUAUCUAAAAAGAUAUUAACACUUUAAAACAAUUAGAAGUGAUCUUACUUUAAGUUAAGAAAUAAACAUAAAAGAAGAGUAAAUAAGUUUAUCAUAUGUUUAGAGAUUGCUCCAUAAUAGUUGAAAUAAAUAAAUUAAGUUGUGACAAAGAAAAUAAAGUCUUUAGUUCUUCCAUAAACAGCAAGCAAAAUUGGAUAAGCACAUUGCGAUGAAAUUGAAAGACAAUUAGAGAGAUUAAGCAGUGAUAAUGAAUCAGAAAGAAGUGAAUGUUGCGAUGCUCUUCUCAAAUUGGCUACCUUCCUUAUUAGACAAUUAUCUAGCAUUAAUUAAUAAUGCCAUUAAAAUCCAGUUACAGUCAUUAAAAUCAAAGGACAAAUCAAGGAAUUACACAUUAUAUAAGGAGGAUGUGGAGGAGGAUAAACAAUUGAUAUUCCUAUGGGAGGAUCUGAUGAAAAAUGUGAAAAACCAGAAUCCCCAUCUGAUCCAGCAAAACCAGUUGAUCCUACAAAACCAUCUGAUCCUGAAACUCCAACUGAUGAUCCAGUACCAGAUCCUGGAUAAGAUGAAGGAGAAGUUGAAGAAACAACUGAAGAAGAUGAAACUGAAGAAGUUGAAACUGAAGAAGGUGGUGAAACAACACCACCAGGACCAGGCGAAGAAGAAGGUGGUGAAACCACUCCUCCAGGACCAGGCGAAGAAGAAGGUGGAGAAACUACACCACCAAUACCAGGUGAAGAAGAAGGUGGAGAAACUACACCACCAGUACCAGGUGAAGAAGAAGGAGGUGAAACUACACCACCAGUNCUGGUAGAAGAAGUUUGAAAUAUUAAGUGUUUGAUUAGAUCAUAUGAAAUGAGAUACAAUUAUUCUACCAAAGUUUGUUGAGGAUUGCCUUGGUUAUUAUUAAAUUUUUUUCGAAAUUUUAUUGAGAACACUAUCCGUUUCUGUGUCUAAAAAAAAUAAAGGAGUAAAACGAUUUCAUUAUUA